CGCAUGCGCCAGAGGGGAAGGAAAGGAGGCGAGGGUGGGUGCGGGUCAGGCGUUGAGGCAGCUCCUCCUCCAGUCCGCCGCCGCGGAAGUGACUGGGCUUGUUGUGGGGUCGAGGUGGCGCCGCCGACUUGUUUUUCCUUGCCUCCCUCCUCCGCCUGCCCGCCCGCCCGCCACUCGCGUCCUGGCACGAGCCUUCGGGAUUCUGAGGUUUUGAAAAACAACAGUGUUGAAUGAAAAAUCUAGGGACCUUCAUUGCAAGUUGGAGUGCUUAACACUAGACUGAACAAACGACACCUAGAAGUGCAAGCAGACAGAUGUGGGUGAUUGACUCAUGGACGCAGAUAACCCAGUUCAUUCAUCCAGCGUUAACUAUAAUUUGGACACAUUCUUUAGAGAUCUACAGUACUUGAAAACUUUCAGAAAGCUUUGCAGCUUCUAUACAUCUCAACAGUAUUGUACCUGAAAUCAUUUUGCUCUCGGAAUGAAGAGGAUCAGGCAGACAGCUAAAGCUGAAAAUCCAGUUCUUCAAACACUACAGAGGACAAAAAAGCAGAAGACUGGUUUUUACAACACUCUGUUUGAUACAUCUCAUCCUUUUACCUUGAUGGACUGGGGAAGUCUGCCACACCACGUAGUCUUGCACAUCUUCCAGUGCCUGCCUCUUGUUGAUCGUGCCCGUGCAUCUUCAGUUUGCCGGAGAUGGAAUGAAGUGUUCCAUAUUCCUGAUCUCUGGAGAAAGUUUGAAUUUGAGCUUAAUCAGCCUGCUACUUCAUACUUGAAGUCUACUCACCCAGAUCUUAUUCAACAGAUUAUUAAAAGACAUGCUGAUCAUUUGCAGUAUGUCAGCUUCAAGGUUGAUAGUAGUACAGAGUCUGCAGAAGCAGCUUGUGACAUCCUAUCUCAGCUGGUGAAUUGUUCUAUCAAGACACUUGGCUUGAUUUCAACGGCAAAACCAAGUUUCAUGAAUGUUUCCAAGGCUCACUUCGUAUCAGCUCUUACAGUAGUAUUUGUCAAUUCCAAGUCAUUAUCUUCCAUCAAGAUUGAAGACACACCAGUAGAUGAUCCAUCCUUGAAGGUCCUUGUUGCAAACAAUAGUGACACUUUAAAAUUGCUCAAAAUGAGCAGUUGCCCUCAUGUUUCACCAGCUGGAAUUCUUUGUGUUGCUGACCAGUGUCAUGGCCUUAGGGAGCUCGCUCUUAAUUACUAUCUACUAAGUGAUGAAUUGUUACUGGCUCUUUCAAGUGAGAAGCAUGUUAAUCUUGAACAUCUCCGUAUAGAUGUUGUGAGUGAGAAUCCUGGACAGAUUGAAUUUCACGCUAUCAAAAAACAAAGCUGGGAUGCUCUCAUUAAACACUCCCCCAAAGUCAACAUUGUGAUGUACUUCUUCCUAUAUGAGGAGGAAUUUGAUGCAUUCUUCAGGGAGGAAACACCUGUAACUCAUCUUUAUUUUGGCCGUGCAGUAAGCAAAUCAAUGCUCGGACGUAUUGGACUGAACUGCCCAAGGUUGAUUGAAUUGGUUGUCUGUGCUAAUGGCCUACAGCCCUUGGAUGAUGAACUCAUUCGCAUUGCUGAACGCUGUAAGAAUCUAACUGCCAUGGGGCUUGGUGAAUGUGAAGUUACAUGUCGAGGCUUCAUUGAGUUUGUAAAGAUGUGCGGAGGCAGGCUUACCCAGCUGUCCAUUAUGGAGGAAGUGCUUAUUCCAGACAAUGACUACAAUCUGGAUCAAAUUCAUUCUGAAGUUUCCAAACACCUUGGAAGAAUGUGGUUUCCUGAUAUGAUGCCAACAUGGUAAAAAAAAAUCAAUGAGGCAAAAGACCGAAUUGGUCAGAACUGUAGUACAGGGUGUUGCUUUCUAUGCAAAUAAGGAAUCUUAAAUAUAAACAUACUGAAUUAUUUUCCUCAGUUAAUUGCAUACCGGCAGUACUAUGCCAAUCAUAAAAUGGAAUAGAGUAUACUGAAUAGUGUAUACAUUGAAAGUAUAUCCAUAAAGUGCUUAGUUUAUCCUCCAGUUAAUUGGAGUAUUUUUAACAGAUUUGUAUUUAAUUGUUAAGCACUUGGUUUAGUACAAGUUACUUUUGUACUAGUAUUUCUGGUGUGGCUAAACACUUUGGCCUUCUUGGUAAACUUCUGCCUAAUGGGUGUCUGGAUUUUGAGUUAAAGUGCUGUUUCUCCUGUUGCUGUUCCUUUAAUUAAAACCAGUGGUUAUAUACAACUUGUAAACAACAACAGCUUAUAGUAUGAUGCCUGAGGCCUAUAUUUGUAUUAGUAUUGUGACAAUGCUCAAGCUACAACAGGACAACUGUGUAAAUGCACUAUUUCACUGUUUCUCUCCCCCCCAACCCCCCUAACCAUCUGAAUGCAGCCCUGUUUAGGGAAGCAUUUAAUGUUUAACAGACUAUUGUAUUUUAAUAUUCUGUUGGAAGCCGCCCAGAGUAGCUGGGGAAACCCAGCCAGAUGGGCAGGGUAUAAAUAAUAAAUUAUUAUUAUAAUUAUUAUAACCAGUUGAAAAAUUGCUUAUGUAACUGUAUAGAAAACAUUGGUCAAUACAUGUCCGAGAGCUUACGGUUUUUCUAGUUAUGGGUGGAUGGUGGCACUGCAGAUGGCAGCCAUAGUGAUCACAGCAAAGGCAGUUCGGAAACAUCUCAGCCUUCCGCCACUUGUAAAUUAAGUUAUCCUCUUCAGCAGUCACUGCCCAUACAUGUGCUGUAAGCACAGCUUGAAGCGUGGUAGAAUUGCAAGUUCACUUUCCUCCAGCAGCUUUUCUCAUCUUGCCAGUCUGAUACAAGCAAUCAUUUGAUUUUUCUUCUCUGCCGAACAACCCACAGAGAGAACUCUUACUACUACCUGUACACAGGAUUCCAUUAUGUAAAUAAAACAGAUACCAGCAUUGAGAAAGGAUAGAUAAUGUAUGUCUGUAUAGUAUUGAUGCUACUUAUAAGUGAUGCCUCUGCAGGAAAAUAACUUGUGUUUCUGAAUGUUCUGAUAUUAAAGAUACUGGUUACCCGAA